GUAGCCCUUUACCCAAAUUCUUUCUUAUCUGCAAAUUCUUUAAAGAUUAAUUUAUUCUUGCUUAAAUUUAUCUAAAAAUAAAUUUGAUUAUUUAGACAAUGAAACAUGAUGGAAAAGAGGCAGACAAUAAACUGAGGUAAAAAUGAAAAUGUAUUUUUGGGAAAAGCUUCUGCGCUUUCCGUUCGCGUGCCGCCGAAAACCGGUGAGCGUCCCCUGGUGCAUUGUGUUGACUUUCCGUUGGACACAAUUCUUGACUGGUCUGCUGUGAAUUUGUUUUAGCAAGGCUGUGUACUGUUCUUUGGUGGGCACAUACUGUGAUCCAGCAAUUAUGUCUGUGGACGCCAUGGGAAUGCCGUCGGAUGGUGGUCCGUCCGCCACCCUAACUGUCCGCCUGCUGAUGCAGGGAAAGGAGGUUGGCAGCAUCAUUGGCAAGAAAGGCGAAAUUGUGAAGAAGUUCAGGGAAGAGAGUGGCGCCAAGAUCAACAUCUCUGACGGCUCGUGUCCGGAGCGGAUAGUGACCGUCAUGGGCACAUCGGAGGCCAUCUUCAAGGGCUUCCAGCUCAUCACUCAGAAACUGGAGGAGGUGGUCGAGCGUAACCAGAACGAAUACGGCGGUGGCGGCUCGGGCGGCAAGACGACCAUCACGGUGCGGAUGAUCGUGCCGGCUUCCCAGUGCGGCUCGCUCAUCGGCAAGGGCGGCUCCAAGAUCAAGGAGAUCCGCGAGGCGACCAGUGCCAGCAUCCAGGUGGCCAGCGAGAUGCUGCCCAAUUCCACUGAGCGGGCCGUCACGCUGUCGGGCACCGGCGACUCGGUCACCCAGUGCGUGUACCGCAUCUGCUGCGUGAUGCUCGAGUCGCCGCCCAAGGGCGCCACCAUCCCGUACCGGCCCAAGCCGUCCAUGGGCGGCGGCGGACCGGGCAUGUUCGGCGGCAACCCGCCGUUCGGUAACCAGAUGGGCGGCGGAGGGUACGGCGGCAGCGGCGGAUACGGCGGCCACGAUUCGUACGAGCCGGCACCCAGCCGAUUCCAGCAGCCCAAGAGCAACAACCCUCUGGCCGGUUUACUGAGUAACCUGGGCGGCGGCGGCGGUAUGGGCGGACCGCAGAACUCACUGCAGGCCAGCACAUCGGCGGUGACGGCUCUCGCCGCGUUGGCCGGCUCCCAGCUGCGCGCGCCCCAGGGCAGCGGGCCCGGCACACAGACUCAUGAGAUCACCGUGCCGAAUGAGCUGAUCGGCUGCAUCAUCGGCAAGGGCGGCACCAAGAUCGCCGAGAUCAGGCAACUGACUGGCGCGAUGAUCACCAUCUCAAAGUUUGACGACAGUACCGACGACGCCACGCACCAGGAGCGUAUCAUCACCAUCAAGGGCACCAGCGACCAGGUGGCGCUGGCGCAGUAUCUCAUCAACACCAGCGUGGAGAUGCACAAAGCCAACCUGGAGGGCGCACAGGGUGGCGACGAGGAGGGCGGUGCGCUCAACCCCUCCGCCAUCCCGCUGGCCAACCUCCUCAAGAACCCCGCCGCCCUGAACGCCCUCUCCGCCCUGACCAACAUCAACCUGAGCUCGCUCGGCGGGCUCCAGGAGCUGCUCGGCGGCAACGGCUCCGUCCAGACCACCGGCGUCAACAAGAAGCCCUACAACCCGCGCGGCAUGCGCGCGCCGCCCGGCGGCUCGUCGCCACCGCGCGACCAGAAGCGUAACAAGUUCCAGCCGUACUAGACGGCGUCCCAUCACAUCCUGCGCUACCGGGUCCCGUCCCCGCGCGUGCCGGCCGCACGCGCGCGUGCGUGCCUCCCGUGUCUGCUAGAUGUGUACUGUAGAGCGCCGGGUAACGGCGGCGCCGGGUCGCGCGUCGCCCGCGGGGUGGGUCCUCAUCCCGGCUCUUAGCAGUACAUCCUGCGCGCGCGCGCGCGCCUGUGUGUUUCCAUUCAGCAUCUGUGAGGAUUGUGUGACGGUGUCGUCCGCGCGGCUGUCGAGGCCGGCGUGGCUCCACCCAGUGCUAUUGUUUUGAUUUCACUUAGUAUCGCGAAUCGACUGGCAUUUACAUCGGUCUUGCGACGAAGUUUUGUAGUGCUUGGCUAUUUCUUUGACGACUAUCGCUUUCUCAUGCGCGUUUAUGGGCGUUUUCAGCGUAGAAUCAUGUCCAGAAUGUUACCGUUUGAGGUGGUGUCUCAGCACAGGCCCACCUUCGGCAACUUCGAAGAACAUUUUCUGAUAAAACCGCGCUUUCGUAGUUCAGUCGCUUACCUGCUGUGGCAGCGCCGCCGUUCCGUAAUCCAGACGACACUGGGCCGCUGGGGGGCGCGUGGGUUGGUAAUGGCAGUGGCGGGCUGCUGGGGCGAGCAGUCCCAGCCCGGGGCUAGGCGAACCGCAGUCGGACGCGAUGUGUCAUAUUUUUGUAACGGCGUGCGUCCGUUUUGUGUUGGCUGUCCUGUCUCCUGCCCGCGUCCAUUCUCUCUCACAAUAAACCACCCAGACCUGACGUCCGGUCGUGUCGGUGCACCAGCGGGCGGGUGGGAGGCCGCUCUCCGCCGUCCAGUUCCGAGUCCCGGCGCUCUCCGGUGACCCGAGUCUGUCCGUCCGGCCGGCUCACUGCCACGUCCGACCCCCGUCCGGACCGUCCUGCGCCGCACCAGGUGAGUGUCCGACUCCGCUCCGGCCCCGCGCCGCCCGACGCACCGCACCCAUUCCGCGCUCAGUCAUCGGCGCCACGCCUGUGGACGCGUCUUUGCUCUCAUCUGAACCCCAUUCCCCCCUCAUUUGCCAGCCGUAGUGCACAUUUUUGUAUUUGAAUUUGUAGACUGUGCUCGUGAGAGUGUACAAAAUCGCUGUGAUGAGUGUGUCAGGAUGUUUGCUCGUAGCAGUGGAGAAUACACUCAUUUCGGUAA